AUCAACCGAAAACCAAUUACAACAAUGGCCGUUUUACAGCAGUUUAACUAUAUCUUCGCCAUUGCGAUGAUCUUUGGGUUCUUGGAUGCCUUCAACAUCGGAGCCAAUGAUGUGGCGAACUCAUGGGCCUCAUCUGUAUCAUCACGGUCCUUGAAAUACUGGCAAGCCAUGGUUUUGGCAGCCAUAUGCGAGUUACUUGGUGCGGUUCUCGUGGGUUCAAGGGUGUCCGACACCAUCAAGAACAAGAUCAUAGAUGUAUCCUUAUUUGAAGACGAUCCAGCCGUAUUGUUGUUGACCAUGACCUGUGCGUUGGUGGGCUCUUCCCUCUGGUUGACGUUUGCUACACUCAUAGGGUUACCAGUUUCCACCACACACUCUAUUGUAGGAGGAAUCAUUGGUGCUGGAAUUGCUGCAAAAUCCGCAAGCAGUGUCGUAUGGGGCUGGGACGGAGUGGCUCAGAUUAUUGCCUCAUGGUUCAUUGCUCCAUUAUUAUCGGGGAUCUUAUCGUCAGUGGUCUUCUUGAUCUCAAAGUAUGGAGUAUUGGAAAUUAAGGACUUUAAGCGUUCCUUGAAAAAUGCAUUAUUGCUCGGACCGAUUUUGACGUUAAUUACCUUUUCCAUCUUAACUAUGUUAAUUGUAUGGAAAGGGUCUCCAAGCUUGAACUUAGAUGACCUAUCCCAGGGAGCUACCGUGGGAUCCAUUCUCGGAGUUGGUGGCGUUGCCAUGGUCAUUUACACCUUGUUCUUAUAUCCUUUCUACAGAAGAAAAUUGGUGUACGAAGACUGGACUUUAAGGUUCUACGACGUGUGGAAAGGACCCAUGCUCUAUUUCCAGUCCACCAACAACAUCCCCCCAAUACCAGAAGGACACAACUUGGUGAUUGACUACUACGCCGGGCGCAGACACGAAACCGAAACCUCUGUCCAAGAUGCAGAAACCCACAUUGAACCCGAUAAGUCUACCAGUGAUAAAAUCGAUGGUAGUGUCACCUUUGAAAGCGUCAACAGCAACAACAAAUGGGCCGACCUCUUCAAAGAUGGGUGUCCAGAAGGGAUGCGUACCAAACAAUUCUGGGGCGUAUUGGCCAAGAGUCCAGCUCAAUGGCCGUACCUUUUGUGGCAGAUUUUAAUCCACGGCUGGAACAGAGAUGUGAUUAAUUCUCAGGUCAACGACAAAGACAUGUUAUCAGGGGACUUGAAGAAGAUGCACCUGAAGUCCAAGUAUUAUGACAACAGAAUCGAGCAUAUGUAUUCGUUCUUGCAAGCUUUGACAGCUGGUACGAUGUCUUUUGCUCAUGGAGCCAAUGAUAUAGCCAAUGCCACAGGGCCGCUUUCGGCCGUGUACAUCGCGUGGACCACAAACACAAUCGGAUCCAAGGCCGAUACGCCUUUGUGGAUCUUGGGAUAUGCCGGGGUAGCUUUGGUUAUUGGGUGCUGGACCUUGGGCUAUAAAAUCAUGAAAAACUUGGGAAAUAAAAUGAUUUUGCAGUCACCUUCUAGAGGGUUUGCCAUCGAAUUGGGGGCUGCUGUGACCACGGUGAUGGCCACACAGUUGGCCAUUCCAGUUUCUACCACCCAGUCGGCCGUGGGGUCGAUUGUAUUUGUUGGUUUGUGCAACAAGGACGUGAGAUCUGUCAACUGGAGAAUGGUUAUUUGGUGUUAUUUUGGUUGGUUUUUCACGUUACCGGUGGCAGGAUUAAUUGCCGGACUUUUGAAUGCCAUAAUCUUGCACGCUCCACGUGAGGGUGGAGAUUAUCAGUUGAGUUAG